AUGGGUGUGCCUACUAACCACAGGGCGAUCCUGCUUGCAGGCUUCGUCGCAUUCGGUGAGUUGAUUGCCAGAUUCAUCUUCGGCUAUGAUAUGGGGGUCAUCUCGGGAUGCCUAAUCAUGACCGACUUCGCUGCUCGUUUCGGGCAAGUCGCUUCUGACGGCGUCCCGUAUCUAUCCAGCUCGCGACAGUCGAUCAUCACGUCGUUGCUCUCCGUCGGCACGAUCGUGGGGGCGAUCGCGCAGGCGUUCACAGCGGAUCGCUUCGGACGGCGUAGCUCCAUCAUCAUAUGGUCCGCGAUCUUCACCGUUGGCACCGUCAUCCAGACAGCGACGAACCGUGCGCUUGCGCAGCUCGUCUUUGGUCGCUUCGUGUCUGGUUUGGGCGUGGGAGGCUUGUCAGCGCUCGUCCCUCUGUAUAAUGGCGAGACCGCGCCCAAGGCCUUCCGAGGAGCUCUCAUUGUUGUUUAUCAGGUCCAGAUCUUUAUGGGGAUAUUUAUCAGCGAUUGUAUCGAGCUGGGCACACACAACAUAAGCGGCUCUGCGUCGUGGCGUAUCCCCAUAGGUUUACAGAUCUUAUGGGGCCUUAUUCUUAUCUCAGGGAUAUUCUUCCUCCCCGAGUCACCACGUCAUCUCCUAGGCACCGGCAGAGAAGCCGAAGCCGUGACUGUCGUAGCAGAGCUCAAUGGCCUUCCGGAAGACGACCCAGUUGUACAAGAAGCGAUCGAGGAACUUGAGUACGGUAUUAGAGCCGAGAAUGAAGGCGGGAAAGUGACCUGGAUGGAAUGCUUCUCCAAGCGGAACAUGCUGUGGAAGCGGACGAUCAACGGCAUGAUGCUUCAGUUCAUCCAACAACUGAACGGACAGAACUUCUACUUCUAUUAUGGCGAUACGUUCUUCCAGAGCGCUGGUACUCAGCUGUCUCCGUAUGUCAUCCAAACCAUUCUCGGGGCGGUGGCUGUAGCAGGAGUGUUCCCUGCCCUCUACUUCAUCGAUGCUUGGGGUCGUCGAAGGUCUCUCCUCGUCGGCGCCUUGCUCGAGGCCGUCUGUGCGGUCAUCGCGGGUCUCGCAGGACACUUCAUGCUCGCGCCUUCGGGAACACCCGUCAGUGAGCUCACGCCGCGCAAUCGGCAAGGCGGAGACGUCCUCAUCGCGUUCGCGAUCAUGCACGUAUUCACGUACGGUGCCUUCUGGGGGCCGACGCCUUGGGUAUACUUGGCAGAAAGCUUCCCCCUCCGAGUGAGACCAAAGUGUAUCGCGCUGGGCAGCGCUGCGAACUGGGUGUGGAAUUUCCUCCUGAGUUUCUGGUCACCACGCAUCGCUGCGCGGAUUGGCCCUCUCAUCCUGCUGAUCUUCUUCGGCAUGCUGAUCUUCGGUUGGCUCUAUACCUACCUGUUCAUUCCUGAGACGGUUGGCCUCACGCUUGAGGAGGUGGACGAGCUGUACCGGUCCGGUGUCAAGCCGUGGAACUCGCGCAAAUGGCGUCCCAGUGAGAAGCAUAUUCACGACAAAGCGUCUGUUUCAGCCGAAAUGGUAGAAGUCCAGGAGAAGAAGGAUGAAUCAGAGGCGUCGAGCCAAGCAUAA